UUUUUUCCUGUCAGUAACUUAACUCGAGUAAACCAAGUUGCCUUUUUCAUCUAGAACUGAAACAUGGGUUUCUUAAAACAACUAGACGUGGAAAAUUUCAAAUCCUGGAGAGGAAAGCAAACGAUCGGCCCAUUUAAAAGGUUUAAUUGCAUAAUUGGCACUAAUGGAUCAGGCAAAUCUAAUGUCAUGGAUGCUCUUGGAUUCGUGAUGGGAGAGAGGGCGGUCAACCUCCGUGUGAAGCACACCAGAGAUCUCAUCCAUGGUGCCCACAUCGGCAAACCUGUGUCGACGUUCGCCAGUGUGACCAUGAUCUACUGUAGAGACAAUGAGGAAAUUACCUACAGUAGAUGCAUUUCAGGGGAAUCUUCUGAGUAUCAUGUGAAUGGUAAACAGAUGACUUUAGCGAAGUACACUGGAGAGCUAGAGAAGAUCGGCAUUGUGGUGAAAGCGAAGAAUUGUCUGGUGUAUCAGGGUGCUGUGGAGUCAAUUGCCAUGAUGAAUGCCAAAGAGCGAACAAAGAUGUUUGAACGAAUCAGCAACUCUGGAGAGCUGAGAGCUGAAUAUGAUGCCAAGCUAGCGGUCCUGCAGAAAGCCAAAGAGGACACCCAGUUCCAUUUUAACCGGAAGAAAGCGGCUACAGCUGAGAAGAAACAAGUCUUCAAAGAUAAGACUGAGGCGGAAAAAUAUCAGACACUGGUGGACGAACUCAGAGAAAGCAAACUCCAGCUGGCCCUCUUUCAUCUCUUCCACAAUGAGAAAAACAUAAACGCACAGUCAGAAAAACUGAGGGACGCACAGGAGGCCGCAACGCAGCAGAAGAACAGCCUAGAGGUCUGGGAACAAACUGUGAAGGCUCAGAAGAAAGAACAUGGGCGCCUGAACCGAGAACUUCAGCAGUUGGAGAAGGAGAUCAGAUCUCAGGAGCAGACUCUUAAUCAGCAGAGGCCUCAGUACAUCAAAGCUAAAGUGAACACCUCCCACCACCAGCACAAAGUGGAGGAGGCGCGCAGAUCGCUUCAGAAGAACCGGAGUCAGCAGGCCAAAAAGGAGCAGGAGCUUGAGGAGCUGAAGGGAGAGCUGACUGAGCUGGAGAAGGCCUGGACGGUCUCUGAGAGGCAGAUGGAGGAGGAGGGGGCUCAAAGAGGAGACGGAGUGCAACUAGAGGAGGCCCAGAUGGAGCGGUAUAAGGAACUCAAAGAGCUGGCCAGGAAAAAGGGAGCGAUUUUAAACCAAAGCGCUGAGAAGCUGCACUGGGAGGUAAAAGCAGACCGUGAGAAGCUUCAGUUUGACCUGAGGAGGAAAAGUGAGAUACAGGCAAAUAUUAAACACUCUCAAACUCGGAUGGAAGAUUUCAUCAGAAGGGCAGAGAAGCUGGAGGAGUAUGCCAGCACUACUAAGAAAGCUCUGGAGGAGCAGUGUCAGCAGGAGGAGCAACUGGCAGAGGAGCUGUCGAGAGGCUUCAUACGAAGGGAGGAGGUGAACGAGGAGCUCGCGCAGGUGCUGACCAAGCUGCAGAACGCUCGGCUGGACAGCCAAGAGAAUCGACGACAGCAGAAACGAGACGAAGUCCUUGAAAGCCUCAGGAGACUCUACCCUGAUACAGUGUAUGGCCGUCUGGUGGACUUGUGCCAGCCCAUCCACAAGAAAUACCUGCUCGCCGUCACCAAGCUGUUUGGCAAGAACAUGAACGCUAUUAUUGUGACGUCUGCCAAAGUGGCUCAUGACUGCAUCCGAUUUCUGAAAGAGGAAAGAGCCGAACCAGAGACAUUUCUUCCUAUUGACUAUAUAGAUGUACACCCUCUGAACGAGCGUCUGAGGGAAGUGCAGGGAGCCAAGAUGGUGGUGGAUGUGGUUCAGUGCGCUCAAAACGCCCCUCAGCUUAAGAGGGUGAUUCAGUUUGUGUGCGGAAACUCCCUGGUCUGCGACUCUCUGAUAGGCGCCCGUCGCAUUGCCUUCGAUGGCCCUGAGCGCCUUCAGACGGUGGCUCUUGACGGCACCUUGUUUCGCAAGUCUGGGGUGAUCUCCGGAGGCUCCUUGGACCUAAGCAAGAAAGCUCGACGCUGGGAUGAGAAGGAUAUGAAUAAACUGAAGGAGGAGAAGGAUAAGCUGUCAUCCGAGAUGCGUGCCCUGAUGAAGCUGAAGCGUAAGGAAGUGGAUUUGAAGCAGAUCAGGGCUCAGUCUCAGGGAAACCAGACUCGCCUCAAAUACUCCAACACAGAACUGGACUCCAUACGCAAGAAGAGCAUCCCAGCUUGUCAGGCUGAGAUUUCCAAACUCAGGAGUGAGCUCUCCAACCUCGAGGCCCAGUUUGAGAUACAGACUGAGAAUGUAGAACUAAAGGAUAAUGAGAUGAAGGCCAUCAGGGACAAAAUUCACCAGAUGGAGGACGUGGUGUUUGCGGACUUCUGCGUAGUGAUCGGUGUGGCUAACAUCCGUGAGUAUGAGCAGGAUUAUCUGCGACUGCAGCAGGAGCUUGAGAAGAAGCGCCUGGAGUUUGAGUCCCAGCACACCCGCCUAAGUAUCCAGCUAGAUUACGAGCAGGCUCAGUUGAAGAAACUCGUCAAACAGAUGAAGAAGACAGAAGAGACCAUCGAAAUAGAGGAGAACAUCGUUAUUAGCUUGAAAGAGGUGGAGGACAGACUUUUGAUAGCUGUGGAGCAGACACAAUCAAAUCUCCUAGAACUGAACAACCAGCUGUCAGAAAAGACAACUUUAGUUAACGAUGCCAAGACAGAGGUUGACAAGACUCUUAAAGGCUCCCAGGAGAGAAACAAGGUGCUGAUGAAGCUUCAGAAGGAAACGAUCUGUGCUGAGGCAGCCCUAGAACAGCUGAGACUGAGCAGACACAACCUGCUGCUGGGCUGUAAGAUAGACAACCUACCGUUGACACUGAUUUCAGGAGAGCUGGAUGACAUCAGUGACAUACAGCUGGACUCAGAGUCUCAGAGCAUCAGCACAUUGGAUAUUUAUGAAAGAGAAGCGCAAUUGAUGUUUGACUAUUCAACACUGGACAAGGGCCUUAAGGCCCUCACUGAUGAGAGUGAAUUGGAGGUUCAGUUGGAGAAGCUCAAAGAAAGCGUCUCUUCUCUGGAGUCCAUGAUCAUGAUGUCUAGAGCUCCCAACCUGAAAGCUCUAGAAAAGAUCAGAGAUGUUAAGGACAGCUACCGGGAAGUCAUGGAUGCUUUUGAGACCAGCGCACAUACUACUAAGAAAUGCGGUCAGGAGUUUGAGCAAGUGAAGACCAAACGCUUCCAACUCUUUAAUCAGUGCUUUGAACAUGUGUCUAUCGUCAUCGACCAGAUCUACAAGAAGCUCUGCAGAAACACCAGCGCUCAGGCCAUUCUCAGCGCUGAGAACGCAUAUGACCCUUACCUGGACGGCAUCAACUAUAACUGUGUGGCUCCUGGGAAACGAUUCAUGGCCAUGGACAACUUGUCAGGAGGAGAGAAGGCCAUCGCUGCUCUCGCUUUGGUCUUUGCCAUUCACAGCUUUCGUCCUGCCCCGUUCUUUGUGCUGGAUGAAGUGGAUGCUGCCCUGGACAACACAAACAUUGGCAAGGUUACAGGAUUUUUCCGGAUGAUGUCCAGAGAAAGCUGCCAGAUCAUUGUGAUCUCCCUGAAGGAAGAGUUCUACUCGCGGGCAGACGCUCUUCUUGGAGUCUAUUCUUCGUUUGAUGAAUGCAUGUUCAGCCGUCUUCUCACCCUGGACCUCACCCCAUACCCACUGAACGACGAGAACGGCACAGAAAGAGAGAUGGACAAAUGAUUUAAAUGGCUUUAUGGCAGAUAAUGCCAGAACUGUACUACGUGAAUGUUGAAUGUUAUACGGUGAAAGUUAGAAAAGUAGUUACAUAUA